AUGUGUCCCAAGGUAAGAAACUGGCAAUGUUAAUGCAACUAAGGUGUUGAAUACUAAGAGGAGAUUUUAUAGGGCUAAAAGCAAAUUUGGGAUAUGGGGGAAAUAUCCUAUUGCACAGGAAAAAUAACGUGUAUAUAUUUAACUACUUACAAAAAUGGCUGUAGCAGGGAUUAUAUUGGAAGAUGGGAGUGUGUGUGACUCAAUUUGUUCAAAACCUGUGCUAAUUCAAGGGCUGGGUUUUCAAAAAGGGAUUCCUUUAUAUGGCCUUGUGUUGUCUUCAGUCUGUAAACGGUUUCAGAAAUCACUGUGGAGGAAAAGAAUUGAGCUAAACAUUGGCUCAGAAUAAGUAGUUCAAUAUUUAAUAGCAUCUGAUCAGGCACAUUUAAAGGUGGUAGGAUAAUCUAUAUAAGCUGAACUCUGCAUAGACCCAUUCUUGUGUAUGAGCUUAAGGUGUUUUAGGACACUAAUUUGAAUGCCAAAUGGCUGAUAUGGUCUGGUAGGAUAGAAGAGAUGACUAUAGAAGCUUAUGGGAUCAGCUAAUGGAUAACUCUUUAAUGGAGAACUGAUUUUGCUGAUAGGCAGACACAAAUAGAAGGGGAAGGAAUAGGUGGCAGGAGGAGAUUGGAUGAUGGAUCUGCAGUGCAGAUGGAAAUUAUUUUUCUACUCUUGCAUGUUUGCUUCACCACCCUUCAUUCUCUCCAAUCUUAACUCACCUUCCAGAAAAGCUGGGCUUUUGUUUUGUUUUGGAAAGUAUGAAUAAUUAAAGGAAAUUUUGGAGUCAAGUAUGACACGAGGCCUUUAAACUUCACUGACCACAUAUGGAGUGGUAACACUCUUGGCACUGUACCCCAAGAGAAGUGACCAUGAGACCUAGGCCUGACUUGGACAGGACCUUCUGCUCCUUGGACUUUUCCUGCCAUAGCUCUAUAUUGCUGCUCUACAGUAUUCAAGCAAAGCUGCCUUUAAUAAUUACAUGUAUAUUUAUACUUUUGAAGGAUUUAUUUCCAAGAACAUGAAUAUAUUCAGCAUGGGUUUUUAAAAAUAUGAGCACCUCCCUUUUUCCUAUUCUUCUUUGGUAUAUUUCUAAGUCAGUAGGGUUGUGUGUUCCACCGCUGAUCAGGAGGAGCACACAGAGGUAAAGUGAAAGUGGGGGAAAUCGGAGAACUGAUAAAAUGUUGGGUUUGAAAUGCUAUAUUUAAAUGGCUAUAUUGGGACAGUUGUGAAUUCUCAACUUUUAAAGACGCCUCUAAAAAGUAUUUUAGAAAAUAAAAUGGCAUCAACAUGGUGGGCAUCAUUAAGUACUUGUGUCCCUGUUCACUACAGAUGCCAUAAGGACCAGCCAAUAAGUGAUAUGAAUUUUGUAUAUGGUCAUAGGCUGCUUUGGGAAAUAUUUGCAAAAGUAGUAUACAAAUUAAAUAGGUAUGUGUAACACGCACAGAGGAAGUUGCUUUAUACCAGCUCAGAGCAUUUGUUCACCUAGGUUGAUCGAUUAAAAUGGAAAUACCUGGGAUCUUCUGAAUGAAAAGCAUGUGCUCCUACCACUAAACCCUUCCCAACUUAUGCUUUCUCAUCCCACAUUGUACUUGCAGUUUCAAUGGCUGUGUUGUCUUCCAAUUACUCAGUAUUGGGUUUGAAUGCUGGGGGGAAAUGCCAACUGCCCUUCAAGGAUGUGUUAGCUGCAGCAGUGUCCUCUGAACUGUGUGUGGAAUCAAGUAGCUGCUAUCCAUUCCCCGCGUGCUAAACAUUGGGAAAGGUCCAUCGAUGUUUCUGAUAGUUACCCCACUGAAAACCUCCUUUCUCACAGUCCAAAGCUUGUGAAAUUGACAGUUUCAUCUGAAAUUCAAAGGUGUCACUGGUGUAGCUUCAUACAAAUUGUACUUUAAAAAAUUGAUUGAAAAGCACUGCAAUAACUUCCAACGUCUUUUCCUGACAGGUAGAGGAAGAGAUGAAAGUUCAGGCACUUUUUGUUGUGUGGGCAUUGACAAUCCUGUGUUUAGUUUCAUACACCGCAGCAUUCUCCCAUGGGGCCAGUCUUUCGGCAUGUACUGAUAUGAGGCCCAAACAUAUCAGAGCUCACCUCCAGAACCCACAGAAUAACUAUAUUACCAUCCAUACCAAUAUAUCCUUUUUUCCAGGUGACAAGGUUCCAGGUAAGGAGUCACAGCUAAUUAUGAUGUUUUGGGGGAAAGCUAGAGGGAUGUAUUCAGUUAGAGGCCGUAGAUCAGGAGCGGGAACCUCAGCCUUGGGAGCCACAUGUAACCUUUUAGGCCUUUCUAUACAGCUCUUGGAACUCUUCCCAGCAACACUCCUUCUCCCCAGGCAACACUCUUCAGUGUUGCUGCUUUGCAUGAGCCUCUGGUGGUUUAGCCUGGCUGGAAUGUGUCAUUGAAACUGAUAAUGCUUUUUGCUUGCCUGGAUGGUGCAUGGAGAGUGGUAUGUGAGUGUGUGUCACAACUAACCUACUGUACAAAGGUAAAAUUCCUUGUUCUGCCCACUUUUGCUUUAUGUCCCACCUAUCACUGUGGCAGCUGGAAGUUUGCCCAUUGGGCAAUACAGCCCUCAGGCUGAAAAAGGUUCAAAGCACCGAAUCCCUUCUCAGUUGCUCUUUGCUGCUUAAGAUGGCAUGCAUUUGCCAAAGUCCCAGUUGCUCUCCAAAUGCAGGAGGACAAAACUGAUUGAAUGAACAGAAGAACAAAUAACAAGCAGUAAGCAGAUGAAACAGCAAGAUUAAAUUUGAAACACUAAUUAAAAUAGUCAGGGCAGUUUUGAAAAUACUUAUGUGGCUCACACAACGAGCACUUUACAGGUAUGUUGGGAAGAUAUAUUACUUAAAAUGAAACUUGCUUUAUAUGUGAUAAUUAAUGUGUGUUGGGUGUAACUGUGUGUAAACAGAAAUCGAAAUGCAGUUAUGCUCAUGUAUAUUACAGAAGGAGUAGCUUGCAUGUGACAUUGCUUGGAAUAAAACACCCGUGUUUUUCAUACACAGUUCAUGGAUCACUGCCAGUUACAGUUGGCUCUCAUCAAAGGAGAUGACUUAGCCUCCUGCUAUGGAAGCUCUAGUGACUCCCUUCUGUUAUGGCAAAGAAAGCUUCACUUUCACAGGCUAGAAAUACCCCACCCCUCAUCCUUCAUGUGUACAGUUAACCUGUGAAGGGGGGGGGGAUAGGACUGUGUUUGCUGGCCCCACUUUGACACCGUCUUAGUUGCUGUUCCUGCCCCCUGGUGUCAACACAUUUGCACAACUUCUGGCAGUGGGUUCUGUGCGCAUAAAACUGUAUGUGCAUAUACUCUUCAGAUCUGGUUGGACUACAACUCCUAUCAUUCCUGGCUGAGACUGAUAAGAGUUGGAAUCCAUCAGCAUGUGGAGAGCCACAGGUUCCCCUCUCUGCUUUAUGAGAUUUGGAUCUCAUCAUGAUGAGACCAGAAUGUUGACAGUAAUCAGUGGAGGUCAGUAUGGCAAGGCUUAUUUUAGGUGUAUCUCUCCCCGCCCUAGCCCCCUGGGACCCUAAUGCUAAUAUUGGCUGUGCUUAAUAAAUUACCAAGGGCAACAUUUAUUUAAAAAUAUCUAAAAUUCCAACAACUUGGCAUUGCCAAGCACACUUCCUAACAUGGAAUGUAGAUGCAAAUUUCACAACGCAAAUAUUAAAAUGCAUUUCCAAGGGCUUAUGUUAUUGUGUAACUUCCACUUUGUCCCCAGUCACCGUCAGGAGCACGCGUGAUUUCAUGGGCUUUAUGCUUCAAGCUCGCAGGGUAUCAAACGAUCAAAUUGCUGGCACUUUUGUUUACAUUCCUCCUGGCUCCAAACUGCUGACUUGUUUUGAAGAUGGCGACACCGUCACCCAUUCAGACAAGUCCCUGAAGAGAAACCUGUCGUUCGUGUGGAAAGCACCCGAUCAGCCCAUAGGAGACAUCAGGUUCUUGUAAGAAAUUUUGGAUUGUUAAGAUUGAAGGUCUGGUCUGCUUGAUGGUUAACAGAUUGGAAAUCUUCUAGUGGAAGAAUCCAUGGGUGCUAGCUAGCUGGCUCUUUGCAAAAUUUACUGAGGAAUGGUAGCAUGAUAUUGAUUCUAAGCUCAGAAACAUAAUUGUCACUAUAAGAGAACUUGAACCAGGUCUGCUCCAUUAUUGUUCCACCAUUUCAAUAUCCUUUGAGUUCCACUCUGUUUGUAGUCCAGUAGGAAUUCCACUUGUAGAAACUACAACCCAUUUCCCUACACAAUUACUUUCUGUUUUUCUUUUUCCUUCCGGAAGGCUUUUUAAAAAAGAGUUUAAUUUUUUUUCUAUAAAAACCUACCCAAAACAAUUUAUUAACUAUUAUUUUAAAAAAAUCUUUCCUGCAGGAGUGUAUGCUGAAAGGGGAAAUAAGAGAAAACGUUUUAUUUCUUCUCUUUGCACAGGUUUACAGUUGUACUCCUGAGGAUUUAAGUCAGAUAUUUAAAGUCAGACAGAGUGGCAAAGCAUCAUUUUUAUGCUUUCUCUUUUUAAACCUUUAAACUGUAUAUAAAUGGAUUUCCAACAUUGAUCAGCUCUGCUCUCUCUGGUAAAGUGAAACCUCAACAUUUUGGAAGGCGUCCAACACAGGCAGAUUUCAUAAGCAUCCUAAAUGCUAGUUAGUAACUGCCCAGCCAAACAGGGCAGUAUAGGUUUGGAUUCUAGCCUUAGGGCACAUUUACUAAACACUGGGCACAAGUCCUUUUAAGUAAACAUUUUUAGAAUUGAGCAGUACAUUUUUUCCUCACACAGCUAGCUCUACCUGCCUAGAGAAACUAAAGCCAACUUUUGAGGGCAUUCAUGAGGCUGUUGUGGAAAGAGAUUACAUUUUUAUGUUUCCCAGUGUGACACUUCAGUGCUAAGACAAGUUCCAUCUAUUAAAAAUAUGUCUUUAACCAGUAUACGUUUCUAUUUGACCAGGCCUUUGUCUUUGUCUGAUCAACAUUUUAUGUUCUUUUAAAAACUCAACAACUUUGGCUACCCUCCCUCAACAAAAAUUCUGGCUACACUUAUGACUUGGUCUCUCUCUUUUUUUUAAUGACAUUCAGUUUUCUUCCCCUUCUUGACUAUGGCGCUAUUUUUGUCAAAUGUAAAAUUAAUUUUUAAAAAGCUGAUUAAAUUAAAAGUAACUCCCCCCCCCAUGUGUUUUGAUUAGCUCUAAUUGUGAUUUUAUUUAAAACCCCGUUCACUAAGGUUUCAGCUGGUUAUUUGUUGUCAUUUCAAAACAGAAAAGUGUUAUGGUCUAAUCCUUUAAUGUUUUUUAGGCUAAUUCUGUUUGUAGAUUUUAAAAAAUUCCCUUUGAUUUACCAAAUGUUCUGAUGAUUUAUUUAUGGUACAGAAUGACUAAAGCCUUGCUUCAAACACUUUUUUAAAAACAGUUUAUCAGUCGUCCAGUCGUACUUUGUUUAUUGGGCAAGGAUUGAAUCUUCCACUGUGUCUCAACAAACACAGAACAGAACCACAGCUGAAAGUAAUGUAGCCCCCAGUGUAAUAAAGCCAACACCUCUUCAAAAGUCUACUGAUCUAAAAGGAGCAUUUGCUGCAGGGAAAGGUAUGUUUGUAUCCGACAUCCUCCCCCCCCCCAAAGUGGAACCUUUCUAUAGGUCUAUGCUAUUUCAUGCUUCUAUUAUCUUAUAUUACUUAGAAGUAUUAGGAAUUAUAUUAGUGCAAAGCUUCUAUUUUGGACAAACUUACUCCAUCAUUCCUCUUUCCCAUCUCCUGUUUCUCUUCUAUUUCUUUCUUCUAACUUCCUUAUCUUCCUGCUUAUCUGAUUGAAAACAGAAUAUACGUACAAGCCAAAAGAUGACACUUGUUUUUCCAAAGCUGUAAGGUUUUCUUCUAACUUUUAUUAUAAGCCAGUGUGGUGUAGUGGUUAAGAGCGGUAGUCUCGUAAUCUGGGGAACCGGGUUCGCGUCUCCGCUCCUCCACAUGCAGCUGCUGGGUGACCUUGGGCCAGUCACACUUCUCUGAAGUCUCUCAGCCCCACUCACCUCACAGAGUGUUUGUUGUGGGGGAGGAAGGGAAAGGAGAAUGUUAGCCGCUUUGAGACUCCUUAAAGGGAGUGAAAGGUGGGAUAUCAAAUCCAAACUCCUCUUCUUCUUCUCUUCUUUUAUAUUGUCAUUGGGAAUAGAAAGUCUUAAUAAACACCGCAUACAUUGCAUGAAAAGGUCCUGUUUUCAUUACCCAGCUUCUCCAUAUAGAUCUUGGAAAGACUCCUGUCUGAAAUCCUGGAGAGCUGCUGCCACUUGGUGUAUAAAGUUAGACAGUACUGAGUGAGGUGGACUACUGAAGUGGCAAUAAAAGACAGCAUGCUGUGUUCCCAGAAUGUAAUGUGGGCUAAUGAAUGUGAAAGUAUUUGCCUUACUGAUUGUAAUGAUUUGAAUGUCAUGAUCAUUCCCUUCUUGUGAGGUUCUCCAGAGGCACCUAUCUGGCUACUAUUGGAAACAGAAGCAUCUAACAGUUUAGAUGUGUCCAAUCCAGUACUCCAGUUAUGUCAUCUUAACAAAUAAGAAAUAUAUACAUAAGAUAAGCAUGUUCAAUAUUUUAAGAAAUGUCUGCCAACAGUAUUAUAUUUUUUAAUGUUUUGCUUUGUGCUUAACCCCAGAAAGUUCCACUCCUGACAUCAUCUUAACUCAGUUUCCAAAAUUUACACAUACUAGUCUGACUCGGCUUGCAGCCACAUUGAUUUUGGAUCCAUCUUACAGUGGACGACAAGUCUCUGAGCCUCCUGACAAUGGAAAUGCUCUGUCUGAAUCCCUUGCAGACUUGGUCACUUCACAUGCCAUCAGUCGCAGUAGAGAAAGACAAGCUAUUGGAAGUGGCACAGUUGGUGAUCUCACACUGGAGCCAUCACUUCAGUUCCAGGAUCUCGGCUUCAUAGCACAACAUCAUUCCUCCAGCCACAGCAUGUACAACAGGUACUGUGUGAGCAUUACAUGUCAUGCUGCACAUAACACUUAUUGCACUAAUAUUUAUGAAUAUUGGAUUUGCCAAAACAUGGCAGAGUCUUAAAAGAUUGUGAGUGCUGCAUCUCUCUCUCUCUCUUACACGUUUGUAUUUCAUUUUAAGUGUGUAAAGAAUUGUAAAAUAACAACAGCAGAGCUUUCAAACACUGCCAGGUGUAGGCAUUCUGGAGGACCAAGACCAGCUAAAUGCAAAAUGGCUGCCAUUUGAAAGUUACCUGGAAUGAUAGCUGUCCAGUAGCAAAAUAAGAUGCUAAUGGAGAGAGACAGUCUCUGGAGAGAUUGUCUCUGCGGCUUGUAUCUAGUGUCACCAUUGUGUGUGCAGAAUUGACUUCCACUUGUGCAAAGGGAAUUUUUCUUUUCCCCUUUUCCUUCUGUCCCCUAUGCAUCCUCCAAAUCUCUCUUGGGUUGCCUCUCUGGAGCUGAUUCUGGAGGUUGUGCAGGGGGCUACAGUGGAGAGGGGGAAAAUGGAAGUCCCAGUGCUCACAGUGUUGGGCACUAGCCCAUUCCUUGUCAUUGGUUUUCAGCUCCAGAGCUCACCUGAGCGUAUGAUUUCAAAUGACCUUCAUAUAGUGCCUAUCUUAUACGAAACAGAUCUGAUUCUGUGGCACAUAUGGGCUGUGGCUCAGUGGUAGAGUAGCUAGCUUGCAGCAUCUCCAUGUAAGUCUGCGAAGGACCUCUGCCUAAAACCCUGGAGAUGUGCUACCUGUCCAUGUAGACAAUGCUGAGCUAGAUAGACCAGUAGUCUGGCUCUGUGUAAGCAGCCUCCUAUGUGGGGUUCGUAUAUGUGACAUACCAUACAAUUAAAGCAUCCCAACCAGAGUUCUGAGUAAGCUUUGGGAGGAAUUUCCCUAUGACAGUUAGGAACAUGCGUGCAGAAUACAAGCUGAAUGAAAUGUAAUUAAUUUACCCUUUGCUCCCCAACAUUUCAGGAGAGAAAAUACUUCAAGCUUUCCCAUAUCACAGCUUUGCUCUACAUGUAAAAAAGGCAUGGAGGUAAGCACUGAAAGGAUGGCAUUUGAUUUGUUUUCAAGAAAGAUCUUUGGUAGUACAUUGUUACUGUUCUGCUUCAGCAUUGUGUCUUUCUGACAGAAGCCUAAUACGAUAAAAGUGAGAUGUAUUUGUUUAAACUUGUACCACACUCUAAUCUCACAGAGUUGUGCAAAUAAGUAAGAGCUAUUGCAGUGACCCAACACAUAGCUAAACCCUACUAAUGAUAAAAUUUAGAGUCUCUCCUCGGACACAAAUUCAAAUGCACCAGAGACCAUUUUCCUGCUGCUUUGUAAGGCCUGCUAGUCAGAGAAUCACAGUGCCACUGAAUGCAAUGAGAACUUGUCUCAUUAUUUAAUCUGCAUUGAAAUCGUAAGAGUAUAACAAUGUGGGACUGAAAACAAAUCUGUAACUGUAUUCCCACCCCCAACCAUGUAUAUGGAGAACAAAUUGUCCUUGAAGGGUUGAACUCAAAAGUAUAAUGGACACACUUCUGCUUUGUUUGCUUUGUGAUGGGAAAGUCAUAGGCUUGGUCCCAUACUCACACGAGGCUGAACAGACCUUGUAGGGAAUGUGUUGUUUGUUUGCAGAACAUUUGGUUCAUCAGAGGGUCGGCCUGCUGGUAAUGGGGCAGAAGUCUUUUGCAUGUAGAAACUCUGGUUUUUACUUGAGUGAGGAAGAAUUCUUUGUGACUUGAAAACUUGCCCCCAGUCUACAAAUACAGAGGAUCCAACAAAAGCUUGAUUUUAGCCUUCCGGAAUCCUGUCUGGAAUGUCUGGCACACGUAGACUGCAUCUGAGGUCAUUUCGUGUCUCUUGAUAAGCACAGAUUGCCAAAACUGAUGUGCUUAAUUAGUUGUGACCUAGUUAGCUUUAAGAUUCGUCGGAUUCUGAAGCAAAUAAUUCUCUCCCCACUAUUACUGGCUUCAGACACAGGCAUGGUGUGUAGACCACAGAGAAAACAGGCCGAGCAAAGAAGUGCAUUUGGUGAGUUUCUCUCCCCUUAAAGUGUCUGAAUUUAGUGAGAAUCUGAAGUACAUUCAGAAAGACUAAAUGAGCACAGUGCUACAGGGCUGCAGUACUCAUGAUGGCAGGUCCUGGAAAGAAGGCUAAAUAGUCAAUGUCUGAUUUUCCAGUCAGUGGAUUUUGAUGUAGCUCACGUAUAUACAGAGGCAUUAGUGCUGUUCUCGCUUACUCCAGUUAGAGGGCAGUAGACGCUCUGAAAUCUUAAAUACUAAGUUAAAGUAAACUCUUGGAAGAGGGUCCCACUGGGUUUGUGGUACCUUUUUAUGCAGACAUUCAAAGCUAUUGUGUUCUAAGUGUUCAUUUUGAUGCCAAUUAUUCCUGGAGUUGUAUAGACAGGAGACAGCUGGCUGUAAACAGCUCUGCUGAAAGAGGAUAGACAUGUCUUACAAUUAACCCUUGGGCCAUAGAUACAGCAUACGGAUAUGCUCUUUCAACUACUACGAUUCUCAGUAGUAGUAGCUUUCCUAGUCCUGCUAUUCAGUGUUUUCUUUUGCUCAUGAUAUUAGGCACUGAGCAGAACACAGAAGUGAUACAGAUUCUGCUCAGAGGCAUUACAGUUCAUAGGGAAGAGACAUGGCAGCAGUGUCAAGGAGAGGGUAGUAACUACCGCAUGAAUAGUAGGGAUAAGACAGAGACUGUCAGAAGGCAUAAAAGAACAGGCAGAUGCUUACUUCAUAGAAUAGGAUAGGCUGAGAGAUGGUGACUUGCCCAAAGAUCACCCAAUGAACUUUAUUACUUAGUGAGAAUUGCACUUAGUGAGAAAUGCACAUAUGGAACAUGCAUUUCCAUAGUUUUGCUCUUCUCUACCAUAUUGGCUCUCGCAUUUCCAUUUUCCUUAACUGGCAGUGGCCAAGAAAGCUCCUGGUGGAGUCUAACCUAGAUGAAUAAUAAUAAUAAAAAUAAAAUAAUUGUACUGCCCCCAUCUGACUGGGUUGCCCCAGCCACUGGAGUAGGAUUUCCAACAAAUAUAAAAGCAUAAUAAUACAUUAAAUCCUUCCCUAUACAAGGUUGCCGCCAGAUGCCUUCUAAAUGUUGUAUAGUUCUUUAUCUCCUUGACAUCUGAUAGGAGCAUUUGAUUGUGCAACAGGCUAACUUUAUUCUCCUCUGUCUAUAAAACCUAUCAGACAUUUUUUGAGCGAGCACAGACCAGUGGGGUAAACAAAAUAGUUCUGUAACAUUCCUUUACCCAAACGCCAAGCCCAUCACCAAAGCAUAUAACGGCAUCACAGUAAGAAAACAACAUGCUCAUCUCUGAAGGUCACACAGCAUAAACCUGCUCCUAUCUCUGCAAGCUAAGAAGCCUUUCUAAAAUGAGAAUUCUGAAUGCUAAUCAAUGGUUACCUAUCUUCUUCCUCAUCCCCUCCCAUUGGUCUGAUUCAAUACUGUUCUAGGAUCAUUUUAAGAGCUCUUAAGAAGUGAUGUGCUAUUAUGAUGAGAACAGUUAUCUGUGAGAAGUGUGAUGAUUCUAGUAGGCUAACGAUGAUAGUUUUGAUCUAACUGAACAACUAAAAGGUGACUGUAUAUCUCAGCCAAGAUAAUGGCUGUCACAUCCCAUGUGCACUUCAUCUCUUUGUUUUUAAGGGGGUUUCUACAACACCUAACCCAGGCCUUAGCAAGUCUGUGCUACCCGUUACAGCUUCACCGCUGGUCCACUUCCAGGAUCCUCUACGCCUUCCAGGCAUGGAAACAAUAUCAGAGCAUUUAGGUAGUGAAGAGGACACGAGUGUCUAUCAGAGUUUAUCAGGCGCUUCAAGGAAGAUGGCAGAGAAACAAGCAGCAACGUGGGAAGUUCCAGCAAACUUCCUGCCCCAGGCUGAACUUACAUCACAUGAGCAGGAGGGAAAGGGCCGAAAGGAUAUCCCUGGGAACACACUCCUGAAGGUAACAAGAGCCACACCCAAAGCUACUGUUUCUGGAGGAGGAGGAGGAAAGCCACACAAGGAGUCCCAGCUUGUAGUAGCUCAGCUGGGUGUUCUCCUUGGAUGCUCUGCUGUCCUCAGCAUGGUGCUGGCUGUUGGUCUGCGCUGCAUCCAUUCCCAGUAUUGUCACAAGCGAACGGAAGUGUCCUUUAGUGAGCCAGAAAAUAAUGCCAUGGCACUUCAGGAGAAUGGGGAGAUGAUGCAUUUCAGAAAGAUACGAGAGAACAGCUUUGUUCUGGUACAGGCAGAAUACAACUGGAUCAGCCCAUCAGGCAGUGGGAAAAAAGCUGUUCUCUAG